CCUCUCGGCGGCGGCGGCGGCGGCCCAGGCAGAGGAGUCCGCGGUGGUGGCGGCGGCAGCGGCGGCGCUGUUCCCCGCGCGGUCCGCGCAGUGGGGUCCGGGCUGCGUGUCUCGGGCGGCGGCGGCGGUGGCACUGCGGCCCCGGCCCGAGUCCGACCCCGGGUCCCCUACCCGGCCGCCCCCCGCCCACGGGCCGCUCCCCCGGGCCCGCCGUCCCCUCCCCCGCUGGCGGGGCCCGGACAGAAGAUGGUGCAGAAGAAAACAGCCGAACUUCAGGGCUUCCACCGUUCGUUCAAGGGGCAGAACCCUUUCGAGCUGGCCUUCUCCCUAGACCAGACCCACCUCGGGGAGACCGACUUCAGCCUGGAGCAUCCCGCCCGCCCUGAUAUGCCCGCCAGCCAGCCCAUCGACAUCCCAGACGCCAAGAAGAGGGGCAAGAAGAAAAAGCGGUGCCGGGCCACCGACAGCUUCUCGGGCCGGUUCGAAGAUGUCUACCAGCUGCAAGAAGACGUGCUCGGGGAGGGUGCCCACGCCCGAGUGCAGACCUGCGUCAACCUCAUCACUAACCAGGAAUACGCCGUCAAGAUCAUCGAGAAGCAGCCUGGCCACAUUCGGAGCAGGGUUUUCCGGGAGGUGGAGAUGCUGUAUCAGUGCCAGGGACACAGGAAUGUUCUAGAGCUGAUAGAGUUCUUUGAGGAGGAGGAUCGCUUCUACCUGGUGUUUGAGAAGAUGCGGGGCGGCUCCAUCCUGAGCCACAUUCACAAGCGGCGGCACUUUAACGAGCUGGAGGCCAGCGUGGUCGUGCAGGACGUGGCCAGUGCCCUGGACUUCCUGCACAACAAAGGCAUCGCACACAGGGACCUAAAGCCAGAAAACAUCCUCUGCGAGCAUCCCAACCAGGUGUCCCCUGUGAAGAUCUGCGACUUCGAUCUGGGCAGCGGCAUCAAACUCAACGGGGACUGCUCCCCGAUCUCCACUCCGGAGCUGCUCACCCCGUGCGGCUCAGCGGAGUACAUGGCCCCCGAGGUGGUGGAGGCCUUCAGCGAGGAGGCCAGCAUCUACGACAAACGCUGCGACCUCUGGAGCCUGGGCGUCAUCCUCUACAUCCUGCUCAGCGGCUACCCGCCUUUCGUGGGCCACUGCGGCAGCGACUGCGGCUGGGACCGCGGCGAGGCCUGCCCGGCCUGCCAGAAUAUGCUGUUUGAGAGCAUCCAGGAGGGCAAGUAUGAGUUUCCCGAGAAGGAUUGGGCCCACAUCUCCUUUGCUGCCAAAGACCUCAUCUCAAAGCUCCUCGUCCGCGACGCCAAGCAGAGGCUGAGCGCCGCCCAAGUCCUGCAGCACCCCUGGGUGCAGGGGUACGCUCCAGAGAACACCCUGCCCACACCCAUGGUCCUGCAGAGGAACAGCUGUGCCAAAGAGCUCACGUCAUUUGCGGCUGAGGCCAUCGCCAUGAACCGGCAGCUGGCCCAGCGGGAGGAGGACGCGGCCGAGGAUGCGGAGCAGGGCCAGCCCGUGGUCGUCCGAGCUGCGCGCUGUCUGCGGCUGUCGCCGCCCUCCCAGAGCAGGCUGGCCCAGAGGCGACAGCGAGCCAGCCUGUCCGCGGCCCCCGUGGUCCUGGUGGGAGACCACGCGUGACCCCUCCCUCCCUCUGUACAUAGGUCACUCCCCCCCCUACCCCCCCAUCAAAUCUAAAAAGUUUUUUAAGCUAUUGCCAGCCGGUGACCAGCAGGCUGCCCUCCCCUGGCUGGACUUCGAGGCGCUAAGCUCAGUUAGGGGGGCUCUUUUUAUAUGAGGUUUUUGCUGUUGGCUUUUUUUUUUUCUGUCUCACCCCCAUUUUUUUUCCUUUUAAAGGUGUUAAAAGCAAAGCAGGCACCUGGGGAGGAGAUUGGAGGGUGUGUCGCUGGGCUUGUCCCGUCCCAGCCCCAGAUACUCACCUCUACUGUGAAGGGUCCCCACGCCCCACGCCCCACGCCCGCCCUGCCCAGAUGUGACUCAGGAGAGGAGGGCACUUGUCGCCUUCCAGAGCUGGGGGCACAGAAGCGCACCCCUUCCCCAGCCCUCACAGUAUUUGCAGGGACGGGCCACCCCCACGUCUCCCCGGGGUGACACAGCACCUCUUUAAUCCCUCACCCUGAAGCACCCUGGUCGCUUGGUGGGGUGGGGGCUUCUCAGGUCUCCCUUGUGGCUGGAGGGGGCUUGGGUGCGGGCAGGUGGCAGUCACGGCUGCCUGCCGGGCCCCGCCUCUGACUGACAAUCGGGGCUCCCUCGAACCUUGACCUUAAGCUCUCGCCGCCCCCUCCCCUGCCCUCUCCAAGGGGGACCCUGCCCACCCAGGAGGGCAGUGCCAGAGGAAGUGGGAGGGGUUGGACAGGCGCCCGUCAGCCAACGUGGGGGUCCCUCAGACCCCCACCCUGGGCACCGGAGUGCCCUUUCUCAGGGCUCAGUCUGACCAUGGCCACGUCCUGCCCCUCACCGCCACCCCUGGGUCUGGUGAGGAAGCUCUGUCACCACCCCCCCCUUUACUCCUCCUCAGAGCCAGGGCCCAGCCAGGGGUCCUGCUAAAGCCCCCCGCCCCCAAGGGCAGCGUUUCUGCGUGCCCACCUUCAGGAACACGGCUACAGCUGCCACGGCCUCCUCCCGGGCACCCAGGAACCUCCGUGCCCGCCUCCACCCACCUUGGCGCCGGGGUCAGAUGUUGAGUGACUGCCGGGCUCGGGGCGACUGACCCCCCUCUUCCCUUGGGUGGGAAACACUAUGCAAUACAGGCUUCCCUCUUCUCCAUGUUCGUGUGCUUCUGCCGGGGGGGGGGUCUCUGCAGCCCCCCCCACCAGGGCAGCCUGGCCCCGGGGUCUGGGCGAGACUCCGUGGCAGGCCGGGCCUGGAUCGCCCCCCGGCUUCUAGUUGUUCGUCCCGUUUUGUUCGUUUUUUAAAGACAUCGGUUGACUUCCCUUCCCUGUUCUUGAAUACUUGAAUGUUGGGGGGCCUUGUGGGUUGGGGGAGCUCACAUGCCGCUUCUGUGGCAGUCUCUGGUGGCCGGUGGGGACUGACUGCCCCUCCCGUCCCCCGCCCGCCUGGAUCUGUGGACUGGCCUUUCCAAAGACCCCGGGGGGGUGGGGGGGAGAAGGCCGCCCCGCCCCCUGCUUCUCGCCCAUCAGUGAUUUCUACGUUUUGCAACUGGGGAUUCUGCCUUUUUGUAAAAAAGAAACGCACCCCCCGCCUGCUGCGGGUGCCGUGGCCGUUUUAACUCUGGAAAGCUGAGCUGUGAGGAGCUUUUUUUUUUUUUUUUCCCCCAAAGGUGGGGCAGCCACUUCCUCCCCGUCACACGGACAGUGUGGCCCAGAGGACUGUCAGAACCGCUACUGUGAAUGGGCGCCCGGCCCCUGGCCCUGGGGGAGGGGAGCGGCAACGUUUCAAUGUUCAGAUGUAUAAAAAAGACAAAACAAAAAAAAGAACCUCAAGUUUUUUAGAAGUCGGGGGGAAACAUCAAGCACUUUAACUGUACUGCACCAGGUGAACCGAUACAGCUCAUCUUCCUUACACCAACGUCAAUGCCGGACUUUUGUAUUGUUUUGUAAGGAUUUAAUAAAAGUCAUAAAAACUUG